AAAAAACCUCAAAGCCUUUACCCAGAAGAAAAAUUUGUCGCUCAGUGUUGCUCGUUCAUAGCUCAGGAGACUUAAUGAAGAUCUCGGUUGGGUUUCAGGUGUUCAAGUCCUGAUCAUCUCCAUGUUCUCUCUGGGCAUGUUGGACAUUCCUGAUGACUACAAACUGGAGCAGUAAUAAAAAUGUGUUCAACUUCAACAUCAGCUGCACAAAUUAAUUUAGAUUAACAAGUUUUUGACACUCAAAAUAUGUGCAAAUGUGAUUCCACUAUAUCUGCUCUUUGUCACUGAUUGCUUUGCUUUAAAUGGCUGACAAGCAGAUCAGCCUGCCAGCUAAACUCAUCAACGGAGGCAUUGCUGGAUUGAUUGGCGUCACUUGUGUCUUUCCAAUUGAUCUGGCAAAAACACGCCUCCAAAACCAGCAAAACGGAUCUCGGAUCUACACUAGCAUGUCUGAUUGUCUGAUAAAAACCAUCCGAUCGGAGGGAUUCUGUGGGAUGUACAGAGGAGCUGCGGUUAAUCUGACUCUGGUAACUCCAGAAAAGGCCAUCAAACUGGCUGCCAAUGAUUUUUUCAGACACCAGCUCUCCAAGGAUGGACAGAAGCUGACGUUGGUUAGAGAAAUGUUAGCUGGCUGCGGUGCCGGUACCUGCCAAGUGAUUAUAACCACUCCUAUGGAGAUGCUAAAGAUCCAGUUGCAGGAUGCCGGCAGAAUAGAGGCCCAGCGGAAGCUCAUUGGCCAGCACACCAGAGGAGGCGGAGCCAAAGUGAAUGUUGUGCGGCUGAAGUCUCCCACGGCCCUCCAACUCUCCAGAGAUCUGCUGAAGGACAAAGGCAUCGCUGGUCUCUAUAAGGGACUGGGGGCCACUCUAUUACGGGAUGUGCCCUUUUCCAUCAUCUACUUCCCACUGUUUGCAAACCUGAAUAGCCUGGGCAGAAGAAACAGUGAUGGUUCAGCUCCUUUUUACAUCUCCUUCCUCGCUGGCUGUUUUGCAGGCUGUACAGCAGCCGUUGCGGUCAACCCUGUGGACGUGGUAAAGACCAGGCUUCAGUCUUUGACCCGUGGACGUCAUGAGGACACUUACGGCGGUGUGACAGACUGUGUCAGUAAGAUUCUUCGUCACGAGGGUCCCUCUGCAUUCCUGAAGGGUUCGUACUGUCGCGCACUGGUCAUCGCUCCGCUGUUUGGCAUCGCACAGGUGGUUUACUUCCUAGGAGUUGGUGAAUUUGUUCUCAGCCUCCUGCCUGGACAAAAACACUGAAUCUCUAUGGAGGAUGAAGGCGCUGAUCUUGGAACAGCUUCUUGUAUUCAGACUAAUCAGAUGAUAAAUUGUUAUAUGUUUCAGAUCAGCAUUGCAGACCAGUUUUCAAACUUCAGCACCCAAAAGCUAGUUUAGCUCUUAAAGCUAGAGAGCAUUAUGUUUUAGAACAGAGCUAAUGUUUCCUUGCACUAGAACAUAUAGACUGGCUUGAGUUGUUCAAAGGCCACACUUUAUUCCAUGCUAAAGCUAAAAUCAACAGCUAAUUGCCUCCAAAUGACACAAAUUAGUUUAUGACAGCUAAGCUAAAGAGUAGUUGUGUUUUGCAUCAGAAAAUACAAGCAAACACAGCAAGGAUGCAUUCAGUUGAUCAAACGUGACAGUAAAGACAUUUAUAAUGUUACAAAAGGUUUCAAAUAAAUGUUGUUCUUUUAAUCUUUCUAAUUAUCAAAGAAUACUGAAAAAAUGUAUCAGGGUUUCCACAAAAAUAUUAAGAAGCUUAACUGGUUUUUUUGACAUUGAUAAUGAUGUUUCUUGCUCAUCAAAUCAGCAAACUAGAAGGAUUUCUGAUGGAUCAUGUGACACUGAAGACUGGGGUAAUGAUGCUCAAAAUUCAGCUUUGCAUUAAAGAAAUGAAUUACAUCUUAAAAUAUAUUCUCACAGAAAACAAGUAUUUUAAAUUGGAAUAAUAUUUUACAAUAUUACUGUUUUUGUGUGUGUGUGUUUUUGAUCAAAUAAAUGCAUCCUUGGUGAGCAUAAAAGACAUUA